AUGAUCCACAAGCAGAAAGACUUAUUAGCAAUCAGGGAGGAACAGGGCUCAUUCUCCCGGCUUUCGCGUAGCCAACUACCUACCCACCCUACUGCUACCACUUACUCAUAUUCCUUACUUGAGUUCCUUACAUUUCUCUUUGUCUUCUCUCCUCCUACUCCGGCCUACUGUGUAAUUGCUAAAGGUAUCACUCACAAAAAAUAUUGGCUGGAGAAUAGCAUAGCAUUUGUUUAUCUUUUCUUUCCUCCAUCUAUCCCUCUUUUGUUCUCAUCCCUCCUCUCCCCCUUUCACUCUCACCCCUUCUCUCUCCUCCUCUCCCACUUUCACUCUCAUCCCUCCUCUCCUCCUUUUGUUCUCAUCCCUUCUCUCCCCUCCCUCACUGGAAUCCCUUCUCUCCCCUCCUCUCACUCUCAUCCCUUCUCUCCACUCUUCUCAACUCUCAUCCCUUCUCUCCCUCCCUCCCUUUUGUUUCAUCCCUCCUCUCCCCCCUUUCACUCUCAUCCCUUAUCUCCCCCCUCUCCCACUUUCACUCUCAUCCCGUCUCUCCUCCUUUUGUUUUCAUCCCUUCUCUCCCCUCCUCUCCCCCUUUCACUCUCAUCCCUCCUCUCCCCCUUUUGUUCUCAUCCUCCUCUCAUCCUUCCCCUUCUCUCCCCUCCUCUCAAUCUCAUCCCUUCUCUCCCUUUUGUUCUCAUCCCUAUUCUCCAUCCCCGCCCCCCCCGGAGAUUCCCUUAUCUUUCCCUUUCUUCACUCUCAUCUACAGAGGCCUUGACUUGA